AUGACUCAAUCUGAAAGUCCUGUUGACUCUCAUAAUUUCCGUACUGUUUCAGGAAAACCGUUAAUCGUCGGAACAGGUACUGGUACCAAGUGGCAAUGGCUCAAAAAAGGUAGACCGGAAGAGGAAAGAACCAAACUAACCCAAGAAUUAAUAGACCAAUUGCUGCUAGCAUUAAACAAUGGAUUCUAUCAUAUUGAUACGGCUGAAAUCUAUACUACUCAUCCGGAGGUAGCAGAAGCUGUCGAGCAAAGUGGUAUUAAGAGAGAAGAUUUAUGGAUUACCAGUAAAUACAACCCAUACCGGAACAUUACUGCAGCUGAUGCUUUAAAGACGACUUUAGAAGAAUUAAAGACUGACUAUCUUGAUUUGUACUUGAUUCACACACCAUUUUUUAGUGAUGAGUCGACAUAUAGUAUUGAGACAGCAUGGAAAGAGAUCAUUGAUGCGAAGAAACAAGGAAAAAUUAGACAUAUUGGGGUUUCUAACUUUGCAGUACAACAUUUGGAAAGAAUUUUUAAGGUUUCAGAACCAGAGUUCUAUCCUGUAGUGAACCAGAUUGAAUUUCACCCCUACUUACAAGAUCAAAGUGCUGAUAUUACCGAUUACUGCAAAAAGCACAAUAUCUUGCUUGAAGCAUACGGUCCUUUGACACCAUUAUUUAGAAUUCAAUCAAACGAAGCUGAUACUGCGGAAGAUCCUUUGAGAAAGGUCUUACCAAAGUUGAGUGAGAAGUAUCAGAAAACAGAUUCCCAAAUAUUGUUGAGGUACACAUUACAAAGAGGAUAUUUGCCAAUCACUACAUCUUCCAAAGUUCAAAGAAUUAGAGAGACGUUGGCUAUCUACGACUUCGAAUUGUCUGCUGAAGAUGUUGCUUUAAUUGACAAGGAAGGCUCAACCUUUCAUUUCAGAAGCUUCUUCGACGGGAAAUUUGACUAA